GGUUGGCGCCUCCGCUGUCAGUGUCCGAGCGUGCGGCGGCGGCGGCGGCAGCGCUUCAGCCCGCUCCGGAGCUGGGCGGCGAGAGCGGGGACACCCCAGGCCUGCCGCACGAGAGCUGCUCCAGGAGCAAGGAGGACUAAUCCUGGGAGAAGCCAGGCCUACUGGAUGAGCAGACUGUCCCGGGAGAAGCCUGCAGUUGAUAGGCGCUAGGUCUGAGGAGUGAGAGCCAUCCUGAUUGCUGCUGGGAUUUGUUAUGUUCUGCUCGGACAUACUCUCUUGGGAAAAUCCAUGAUUGAACGGAUGCUGUUGAUUUAAACUGGGAUAAAAGAAAAAAAAUCCUUACGUAGCCUAUCGUAUCCAACAGGCCUGGGAUAGAUCAUCCCUCAACUCUAGAAAGAGAGCUGUGGUGGAAAUAAAUUGGGCCAAACGAAGAGAGAUUCUGGCAAUUUUUUGAGUCAAAGAAGAGUUGCUGAUAAAGUGAUCUGGAAAUCCCAGCGAUAAACUGAGAUUUGCUGAAGUGCAUAAAAAGAAAUCUUGAUCAAAACUGAGUGAAAACCAAAAUUUGGAUUAAAUGAGACUUUUUGGAUUAAACUGAGAAAUGUGCCCUGGGUAAAGAUACUAACCCUAGGAGAGAGCAGACAAGAAAAAACUAUUUCAGGUGGUAAAACUACUGCAGUUUUGUGCUGCUGAGGUGGGAAUAGAGGAAUGGAUAAUGGGUGUUCUACCACAUUUUUUUUUUUAAGGCAGUGCUAGCAAGAAGCAAAGAAAGGGCUAGGUUACCUGAUACCUGGCAGAGUCCAGGUCUGUUAGUCUCCAGCUGAAUAAGGUGUCCCUGUUUGGCAUGUUUUUUAUAUUUUGUACUGUAAUAGAGGAUUGUGGCCUGUGGGGCUUUAUUUAAUUCUGGGUUUUUAAAAAUUCUUCUCUGCAUCUCUAAAAGAAUGUGCAUUAGUGUCUUUGUAAAUAUCUUGCUCUUUAAAGGUAUCUGAUUAAAAUGCAUGUUAUUUGAAAUUUAAAUUAAAGCGUUAAGUUGUCACAUGCAUAGACACUUAGUUGACCAAAAAAAAAAUCAUUUUAAACAAGUUUGGUUUAUUUUAGUCUUGCUAAACGGUUUGGAAUCUGCAAGUGGGUUGAAGCUGUGCUUGACUGCGAAUAGUUAAAACUUGGAUGCUGCAGCAUUUUGAGCCCUAGAGACGCUGCUGGUAAAUCAUUCAUGAAAUUUUUUUUACUUUUUAAUACCAAAAAUGUUAGAUAUUUUUAUCUUAACUAGUCUUUAAAAAUACAAGACUUGAGAGAACUUUCUUCAGGGCUAGGGAGACUAAUUUAAAAAUUGUUUUAUUUGGAGAUAAAUUUAAUUGUGAGGCUGGUUUUUGGGAGAAACCAUAGACUUAGGGCAAAAUUUCAGCUUAUGCUGGAGGGGGGGAAAAGAACCUCAAAGUAUCUCCAUCCUUUACUUCUAUAGCCUUUGGAUUUAAUCGGGUACCGCUCCUGGGAUAUCAGACACUUUACUUCCUACACCAUUUUGGGAUAUAAAGGUGCAGAGUGAACUAAGAAACUUGAACAUAUCCAUUGGGGACUGAUGCUGAGGAGGAGCUGACAUACAAAGGGAUAAAGGCCGUAAUAUUACACAGAAAUGGAUGUGUGGUCAAGAGUAGCAGUGUGGAUCCUGUGUGGUUUUCUUCUGCACCAAGGACAGGGGGAGAGGCCCCCAGGUACCCUUUUGGAUGAAACUGCAAUUGCAGAGUUCUGUCGAAUUGAUGAGCCCUUGUGCCACCUCGAAGAUGAGCAGCUCAGCUUUGAAGCUGUCUGCAAUAUCCACAAGCAGAUGGAUGAUGACGCCAAUGGCAACGUGGAUGUAGAGGAGAGCGAUGAGUUCCUGAGGGAAGACUUAAAUUAUCAUGACCCAACAGUCAAACACAGCACCUUUCAUGGGGAGGAUAAACUCAUCAGCGUGGAAGAUCUCUGGAAGUCAUGGAAAACAUCCGAAGUGUAUAACUGGACAGUUGAUGAGGUGGUGCAGUGGCUAAUCACCUAUGUGGAACUGCCACAGUAUGAAGAAACCUUCAGGAAACUACAGCUAAGUGGACAUGCCAUGCCCAGGUUAGCGAUAAACAACGCCACCAUGAUGGGGACUGUACUGAAAAUGACUGAUCGGAGCCACAGGCAGAAGCUGCAGCUGAAAGCCCUGGACACAGUGCUGUUUGGACCUCCUCUCUUAACUCGUCAUAACCACCUAAAGGAUUUCAUGUUGGUGGUGUCCAUUGUCAUUGGAGUGGGUGGCUGCUGGUUUGCCUACAUCCAGAACCGCUACUCAAAGGAGCACGUGAAGAGGAUGAUGAAAGACCUAGAAGGGCUUCAUAGAGCUGAGCAGAGUCUACACGACCUUCAAGAAAGGCUGCAGAAGGCCCAGGAGGAACACCGCACGGUGGAAGUGGAGAAGGUGCAUCUGGAGAAGAAGCUCCAAGACGAGAUCAGCAUCGCCAAGCAAGAGGCACACCGGCUGCGGGAGCUGCGCGAGGGGACGGAGAACGAGCUGAGCAGACAGAAGUAUGCUGAGCAGGAGCUGGAGCAGGUCCGAAUGGCGCUGAAGAACGCAGAGAAGGAGCUUGAAUCCCACUGCAGCUGGGCCGCACCAGAGGCCUUGCAGAAAUGGCUCCAGCUGACCCACGAAGUGGAGGUCCAGUACUACAACAUCAAGAAACAGAAUGCGGAGAAGCAGCUGCUGGUGGCCAAAGAGGGGGCUGAAAAAAUUAAAAAGAAGCGAAACACCCUCUUUGGAACAUUUCAUGUUGCUCACAGCUCAUCCCUAGACGACGUUGAUCAUAAAAUCUUAACUGCAAAGCAAGCCCUGAGCGAAGUGACGGCCGCACUGCGGGAGCGCCUACACCGCUGGCACCAAAUCGAGCUGCUGUGUGGCUUCCAGAUUGUCAACAACCCAGGCAUCCACACGCUAGUGACAGCCCUGAACAUCGAUCCCAGCUGGGUGGGCACCUCCCGGCCCAACCCAGCGCACUUCAUCAUGACUGAUGAUCUGGACGAUCUGGACGAAGAGAUUGUCUCUCCCAUGUCCAUGCAGUCUGCCCCCUUGCCGAGCGGUGUCCGCCAGCGCGUCGUGGACCCGCAGCACUCCCUCGGAUCUCAGAGGUUGGUAGAGAGUUACGUGCAUGGCCAGAACGAGCCGGGCCAGCCUGCCCAUUACCUGACAGGCAGAGUUGCUCUUCGUCGAAUGCACAGCCUCACUUCUGGACAGUCUUUUAGUUCCGACGCUCAUGGAACCAGCCCAGCAUCCGCCACCACCGCCUCUUCCACCUCUUGCUCCUCCACCGCCACCACCACUGCAUCUUCUCCUGCUUGCCAUGCCCACCCUAUCUAUUACCAUCACACCUCCUCCUCUUACAUCCUCCAGAUGGACUCCGCCCCCGACCUGCCCCCUCCUGACGUCACCUCGGGGAUUCGCUGUCACGCUGAGAGCUUUGGAGACCUAAGUCGUUCCGACUCCGAUUCCUCCUUCCUGUACAUGAGCGACCAGCAGCGCAUCCCAGGCUCUGCUCCCAAGCUCCUGGCCGCCAGGCCCCCCAUGCUGACCCGGUCCACAGAGGAGGCUGCUUCAGGCCACCCUGCCGGCUGCGCCCCAACCUCCAACGGAGGCAGCAGGCACAGCGAGGCCUCCUCGCUGGGGGCUUUGCAGGAGCGUCUGGCCGAGAGCCCGGUGGUAGCGAAGAAGAUGAUGAUGCUGAACCAUGGUAUGGAGAAGUCCGCCAGCCUCGGGGAGAUCAGGCACUCCGAUUCCUCCCGCUCACACAGCCCCAGCUCCACCGAGCCCGACACGCCCUCCCCCAUCUCUGACUCCAGGCCCGGCAACGCUAAGAACACCCGCAUCCCGCAGCUGGCCGCCAAGAAGAACGCUGGGGAAGAGGACAGCGGCUCCACGGGCGAGGAGACUGACUCCAGCCAGGGCAAGAAAAAGUUCCCCCUAAAGAUCUUCAAGAAGCCCAAGAAGUAGGAGGAGGAGGAAAGCUGGCCACCAACCCAAUCCAUUGGGCAGGGAGGGGCGGGGCACAGAGCCACAAGCGAGGGCACCCUUCCCACCCCUUCCAGGAGCCACAUGGGUGGGAUGCUUGCGACUGCCCACCCCCUCCCUGCCCCCAGACACCCUCUGCCUCCCAAUCAAGUCGUGUAAAAUCCGCGGGGGGAGGAGCUCUUUAAACGUAUUUAUUUCCUGACGUGGAAACCAGCCGCCCCUUCUCCCUCCCUCCAGUUCAGUACCCCCCUGCUUUGCUGUGCAUGGCUUCUCAUGCCUUCCGAGAGCCCCUGCCUCCGCUCGGCCACACGGCAGUGCGGGUUUGUUUCAUGGGCUUUGAUUUUCCCCCUUUCGGCUUCUUCGGGACUCCUGCACGCGUGGCUCCUGAUCGGCUUGAGAACCCGCCCAGGGGAGGGGUCCCUCUGGGCCGGACCCGCCGCUUGCAUCUAUGCACCCCUAGGCCUCCCUCUCGCCUGGGCCGGGGCAGCGGCUGCGGGAGGUCAGGGCCGAGUCCUGGCUACUCAGGGUUGAAUCCGCUGCGAUCUCUUAGGGGUAGCUGCCUGGUGCGUGUCUUUGCAGCUCUCUCGGGUGGGCAAUUUGGGACAGGCGCCCCGUGGCUGGGGUGACUGGGGAGAGAGGAUGGGGCUUCUGCGGUUUUGGCAGGGGAAAGCAGAAGGCGCGUGCCAGCUCGCGGGGCCGGGGCUUUGUGGGGAGAGAGCAGGGCCUGGCCGCUGGUGCUGCAUUCAGGAACCGUGGCCAAGUCUAUUCUAGGCAGUGUUUGUUUCUUUAGCUGGCUGCAGCCUGCUGGGUUUGUUUCUGAAGCAGGGCCUGCUCCGUGAGGAUCCCCCAGCAGGCCCUGCCCUGUCUCAGCCUUCCCAGCCUCGGCAGCGCGAGCUUCCCUCGGCCAGGGCCAGGCCCUGGGCAAAGGCAGUCGGGUGUGGGGGAGGCAGCUCCCACCAGGCCGAAGGGCCGCAAGCCAUUUGGGGACAGCCGGGCACCUUCAUUGAGCUGCCUGGGUGAGUCGGGCCAGGAUCAGGGCCAGAGGCUGGGCUGCAGAUCAGGGCCGUUCCCGGGGCCGGGACCCAGCGGGGUUGGGGAAUGAGAAUUCCCCUCGGGCAGGAUACCUGAGGGAGGGGCUGAAAUGGCUGGAAGAGGAGUGGGCUCUGCUGUGCCAGGCCGUGUCCAGUUCCAGCAGCCAGCCGAGGAGGGACUCGGGGGUUUUGCCCCCGGGGGUGGUUCUAAUGCCCCUGGGGGGUUCCUCCGGCGUCCUCCCUGCUGCGAUGGCUGGGGGGGUGCUACGGAGGGAGCUAAUGCCGGGCUUGGGGCUCGCAGCUCCUGGUUUCUGAGCAGGGACUCCCGGGGAGUGAGGAGUUCUUACGUCCCAGGGCAGCUUCAGGCAGCCAGUGUCUGCCCCUCGGGGCUGGGCUGCUGCAGCGGGAGGAGCAGGGGGAGGGUGAGGAGCUGGGGAGAACCAGAGCCGGCUCUCGGCUGGUGGGCCACCUGCUGCGGCCAGCACGGCCUGUCAGGAACGUUUCGCAGGGAGGAGCGAUUGGCCUUGGCCCAGGGGGGUUCCCCUCUGCAGCGCUGCUCCCUGGUCAGACUAGACCCAGGCCGGCAGGGCCAGCAGCCGAGAGCCCCGCAGCGCCCCCAGCGAGAGCAGGGUCCGUGACCAAUUGCUACCCCCACGCGGCCGGCUGGAGCCUGUCUGCAAUCUUCACUUGAAGGAGCGCACCCAGCCCUCCCCGCCCGCCCUGUGCGCUGCCCCCCACGCCCGAUCCCUCCCUGUGCGGGAGCGACCAGGCUUUGGGCACCCACCGAGGAGUCCUGUGGCGCGGGGCCUGGCGUUCUGCCUGCGGUAGUGGGGAGGAAUCCUGUGUUCUCGGGGGGAGCAGGGCUGGCUGCAAAGAUCCCUGAGGAGGGAGGGGGGCUGGCUGGGGCCCUUGCUUGUAGCUGGUGGAAGAUACUGGAUGUCACGUCUCCAGGAAGGGCUAAGGAGGAGUUUUAGAGCCGGUAGCUAAAUGAUUACAUUGUUGCUUUGAGAUAAGUGAAAAAUCCUCUACAUUGCUUAAGUGCCUGCGAUUCCUCACGCUCCUGCCCCCCUGGCUGCUGCUGGCCACCUGGCUGGCCCGCGGGACGUCCUGUUGGAGGGGCGGCGGCUGCCAGCGCGUGCCAGGUAGCCCUGGGUCAUGUGCCCUUCCCUGACAGCCCGUGAUGGGAAUUACACCGGCCGCCGGCUCCUGCCAGCCUAGGGCUGGUCCCAAGCCACGCAGCUUGGCUUGCACUGGGCAGUUUCAGACCAGCUCAGCACACCCCGCUGAGAGCAGCCUCGGGGCCGUGCCUGGCAGCAGCGCCCACCUCCCUCCCGGCAGUGGUUCCAGAGCAGGGUGGGAAGGGCCCCGGGGAGGUGUGUAGCCCAGGCCUGGGUGUUUUACAGCCCCCCAGCAGGCCCAGGUGUGCGCCGCUUCCUCCCUGCCCUAAGCACGGCCCGUGGGCAGGGGUGCCCCAGCUGGGCCUGGCGCCCCGCGCCGAUGCUUGCUGGAGAAGGCGGUGGCAUUUAUAAAGCAGCGAUUGUGAUGCAUCUGCCAAGUCUGAUUUGUUUUGUCAUUUCAUAAAACUGUUUUCAAUCCAAUAAAGCAUGUAGGAGAUUUUGA